AAUUUCAAAAGCUAUAUAACUACAGAACCCCAGCUACAAAGAUACACCUGCUGAGUUUCCCACUCUCAACUCGCUCAACAACUGUGACCAUGAAGUUGGCUGUCUUGAUCUGCGUUUCUUUUCUCAUUUACCUCUCUUCGGCAGAACCACAGCCGAGAGAGGACACCGAUACUCCUGAUUUUGGAUGUACUCGUGAGUACAAUCCAGUGUGUGGAGACGAUGGUAUCACUUACUCCAAUGAGUGCAUGCUACACUGGGAGAGCAAGCUGCGUAACCAGAAUGUCAAUGUAAAGCACGAAGGAAAAUGUGAGACCUCCUGAUUUUACUGCUGUUACAGCUAUGACAUCCAUAAUGGCUUUCCAUUUUUUCCAUGCUACAACAGCAACCAGCAUGAUCUAUCAAAUAUUAAUCAGUAUCAUACGGUAUAAGGUCAUAUGAUAUUGGAACUUUAUGAAAGAUUGAAUUGUCAACAUGUAAUGUAAUGCAAUAUAUCAAUGAAGCAUUUAAGAGCUCUAUUUUAUUACAUAAGUAAUGAUUAAAAAGUAUAGUUACAAAUAAACUACUUUCAUACUCUGAAUUUCUUCCUUCCUUUACGUAAUUUUUGUCACUGUCCUUGAAAUUACAGCAACAGACUUUGCAUUGCACAUUGUAUUUUUUUUCUGUCAGCUAAAAAAUCUACACCUUCAGAAAGCUUAAAAAAAACUUGUCAAUGACAUGGCAUACAUUUUUGUUCCAACCAAUUAAUUUAUUCCAAAAAAUAUUUAAUUCAUACUAUCUUAGAUGAACAUGUUUUUAUUUUCUGAAAUGAAUCUCAUUGUGACAUUUGGGGGGAAAGUAAAAAAUAUCAGGGUGAUACAUCUGUCUUUAGAUUGUAUUAGAAUUAUAAUUAAGAAAAAUCCCAAUUAAAAGAAAAUAAAACCUGA